GUCACGAAGGCGGACUAGGUCCAGCUACAUGGGAACGAUGACCAUUUGAGACAGAAGAGGUAGCGCCACACUGAAUCCUCCCGAGCCCGCUGCACACUGACUGCGGCCUGUCAGCUUGCUGACUACCCGCGGCGCCGUCUGUCAACUCGAGGAGAAGCAGGAGACAAUGCGGGAGAACUUGUGCCUUUGGGGGAGAGGGAGGGGAGAAAAAGGAAGGGGGACGCGGACAGCCGAAGAUCAACGCAUCACAUCCUCUCGGUGCAAUGCCGAGGCCCUGGGAAAAGCAGGCAUACUGCGGCCAGACGCAAAACACACAUGCUGGGACGCGCCAAUUCAAAGAGGCGGAGUUGGGCUGCAGAUUUCCGCGCCCAGAAGCCGGCACAUAGAAAUUAGCACGGCGACAUGCAAAGUCCGCGAUAAGGAUUGAGUCCAAGGAUGCAAGACCAUCGGAACGAGGACGAGGAGGAACGACAAUCACGAUCAGGGGCACAUCCGACGCGACGGCAGGAUAAUUUCGGCGCGCACACCCUCCCACAUGCGUCACAGUACAGCGGACAAGCAUGUCUUGCUGCUGCGCCCUGCAGGCCAGGGGGCUGGCUCCUCCACGCGGUGCGCCGACGCGGCCCGGGGAGUGGAAUGGAACGGAAUGCCACAGGAAGGCGGAGUGCACAGCACCAGAUACUCCAUCAAGCACAGCUUGAGACAACCAAAACAUAGGAGACGGCCGGGCAGUCAAAGCGCACCCAAUGCGAGGAGACAAGAGGAAAGCGAGAGGCGAGAGGCGGGAGGAGGACUGGAGACCGCAGUGCUGUAUUCAAAACGCAUGCCCAACCAAGGAGGGUUUGGAAAAACAGUCUCAGGCACUCGGCGCGAGGCGCCGAUGCAGGCAACUGCGCGGCGCGGAAAGCUCAGCUCCCCUCGCGGGCCCGCGCGGUCACUCCACCGACUGGAGCUCAAAGCGGCGGGCCAUCAUCAUGGGCUCCUCGACCAGCCGCGCGGCCCCGCCGGUCGGCUGCAUGCGAGAUCGCAUCGUGCGCCCAGCAACGAGGAUCAUCGCUGCUGUUAACGCAAAGCCACCGCAUGCUCCCACCAUGGCGGCAGUGCCGCCGCUGGCAGAUCCAAGGAGAGCUGCCUGGCCGACGGAAAAAACUCGACAGAAGAUCGGUCAGGCCGCCGGGCACCAUGUACGUGUCAAAGUCCUCGAAUGGGUACUCUCCUGCUUUGCAAGCAGUGGCCAUGUCUUCAAUUUCGGAUGUGACAUGUGUCAUGACUUGGACGCAGUCAGUUCUUAGUCAGUCCUCUGUCUGCCCCAACACCCCUAUAGCAUGUGGCAGAUCCAAGUCUCCCAUGUCGCAGCAUUGAGUAAACUCUUCGACAAGAGGUGUGUCCAUAUCGGUGAGCGCCUCAGUCAGCAAACACCCGCACUCCCUGGUGAUGUCUCUGCACUCCUCAGAGAUGUUCUUCUCCUCGCCCACGCGACCGCAAACACUCAUCUGGUCCAUAACCUCCUGCGCACACUCGGAAACCGUCGGGUUGUUGCUGGACACAUUCUCCAUCCUGCUUUCGUACUUUCUGACCGUGCAGUUGUACAUCUCGGCUUCGGCAUCCGCAAUUUGCGAAUGGACGCCCAAGGCCGUGAGACGGGCGAAAAAGAAAAAGAACCACACUCGCAACUCACAAUCACUACGAGGCAACAGAGACACAACGCACCAGCAUACACCGCACCAGCACCGAUUGCGCACGUCACAGGUUCGCACAUCACCGCUGAUAUCCCCUGGCCGAGUGAAGUGGCGACAGUUCGACGAAGCAAUAGGAGGCCCCUCGCCAGGAGCUUGAGGCAAAAUCGCUAUGGAGGGCCCUCUUGGCGCGUCGUGGGGGCC